AUGCCAUACAUUCCGUCGGUAUCGUCAGCAGCAGCCAACAUGUCAUCGGUGGCGAACAUGACCGCGGCUUAUUUUAACACUAAAGGAGCUGCUUACGGUGCUCCACAUUUAGGAUUCCCAACAGCUCCCACGCACAAUUUUUUACCGACUGGUAUGGGAUACAUUGGUGGAAGUCUAGCUGAAUGUCAACCAGGAGGACUCGCUUGGAAUGCCGGCGGACCACCAAGGAAGCAACGUCGUGAGCGAACAACAUUCACCCGUAGUCAAUUGGAAAUUUUAGAGCAUGCAUUCCUAAAAACCAGAUAUCCAGAUAUUUUUAUGCGAGAAGAUAUGGCGUUAAAAAUUCAGUUACCCGAAAGUCGAGUUCAGGUUUGA